ACCCGAACGGACGAACGCAAACCCCGGUCUCCGCCUGCCCCAAUCCCCACUCCAGGCCGUCAUCCCCAACCCACCAUGAGGACGAGGAUGCCGAGCUCAGGCGGCGGCGCUGGUCCGGGCCUCCGAGGGAUCAGACCGUCCUCCGUCGACCUCUGCUUCCUCUUCCUCAAGACCUUGGCCUCCUGGUGCAGGGAGACCGCAGCUCCGCGCUCGUAGGCCUGCCCAAUCCUCCUCUUGCUCCUCGCGCUGCUCUUCCCUUCCCCCGCCCCCGCCCCCGCCAGUGCCGCCUCGCUGUCCCCGCUCGCGGCCAUCUCCAACGCCUCCUCCCACGCCUACGUCCACCCCUGAUGCCACCUUCUUCGAUGCGACGUCGUCGACACCGUCGCCAACAAGUACGGCUGGGACCCCGUCACGGAGGUCCGGGUCUGGCCGCUCAACACCGAGGGCGCGCUCGUCGGCGCCGUUCAGCGGUACGAGUUCCGCGCCGGUGCGGGGGCGCCGCGGUCGCGCUGGCACGGGCCUCUGACGGGGCCGUCAACUGGAGCCGCCCCGACGCCCCCGCGGUGGAGGAGGUGGUCUGGCCCGACGGGGUCGACUUCGUCGCCGGCGACGGCGCCCUGGCGUUCGGCACCGGCGUCAGGGACAUGGACAUAGUAGGCCCGUUCGAGCUGGUGGUCUCCGAUGGCGCUGGCGGGGGCCUCGCAGAGCUCCAGCUGCCGUCGGUGUCCUGUCUCCGGCGUUCUUGAGCACCAUUGGGUCGAGGAAGGAGAAGCCAUCCUAUGGACUAGAACAGUUUGUGUGAGAUUUUAUUUUCUGGUGGGUUUAUUAGCUGGCUUGGAAAUGCUCCCUUGACAUUGUCCCAUUCAUCAACACAAAGAUUGUCAGCCUUUACCCAAUUGCAAGAUCUUCAGAAUAAAAAAGGGGAGACUGAGACCGGUAGAAAAGAGAUUCUUCAGUGUUAGAGUUGUGUCGAAUAUUGUGUACAAGGUAGGUUACAGUUGGACUUAUGAGUUGUAUUGUGUUUACAUAGGAUGUGGAGUCGUGUCCUAGUAGGACACUUGUAUCCUAGGCCUCUCAUAUAUAGCGGGGGUAGACACACGAUGUAACCAUAUGCCAACAUAAUAGCAUCGGAACGCAGGGAAGCCGGCGACAUGUGCCGGUGUCCAGGGCGACCGGGUGCGGUAUUGUAGCGGUGUCACGGGGAA